CUACGGAUAACAAAUCUUAUCUCUUAAGAAAAAGACGAUAUAUCUAUUAUAAUGAGGAAUGUAUGAUAAAAAAACAACAUCAAGAUGGAUACUCUGCACCAUCGCCAUGUAGUCCAAUAUUACAUUCAUUGCCAAUAGAUAAUCCAUUUGUAGUGGAAGAAGACGAAGACGGAAUUAUAAUAAUUGAUGAUGUAGACGAACUGUGCUUCAAUGAUGGGGAUCCAGAAAAUGAUCUUAAGAUAGGAGAAAUCAAUAUAUCUCAAUUAUUCCGAAAAUAUCAGAAUGAGUCAGUAAAGAUCGCAAAGACUGAUGGUCUAUUCGUUGAAUCAAACGCACAUGAAAUACUGGCACUGAAGGUGAUCAAGCAAGCAAUAAAAGAGUCGCGUCGCAGUGCCAUAACAUCACUGCUAGCAGAACUUACAAACGAUAAAAUGUUGGACGAGAGCAUGGAUUACGUUAUCUUGGAAAAUCUGAAAACGUUGCCGACUGAAAAGAUUAAAAAUGAGCCAAGCGAAAUAAUGUUUAUUACAAAUUAUCUGGACCGCAUCAUGAGGGAAAUAUUUCAUGAUCCAGACAAACAUAUUGUUGAAUGGCCCAAUACAGGUCUUGAUGAAAGUAAAGCAAGGAAAUCACAAGGAAGAAGCAAACAACCGGACUUUGUAGUAUCUAUUGUCCAUCAGCUACAAAAAAGCGGUGUUAUAUUUGUGGGUGAAGUCAGUCCACCUUUAGAAAAAAAUAACGUCUAUAAGAAUUGCAAUGAUCUAAUUCGUGUUGGUGUUUUUAUGAAAGACUGUCUUGAUUCGGCCAUAGACUUGGGUGCUGACAUAAAAUUGCUAGAUUAUACAUUAGACUUCUAUAUGAUGGAUCUCAUUCAAGGAACAUAUGCUAUGAUCCAUAUCGGGCGAUUUUCAGUUCCGGCUUCGGUGAAAGAGAUGUUGUCUUUUGUUGAUGAAAUAGAUGUGCUUUUAGGAGUACGAGAGAUUUUUCGCAAAUCCUCUAAUACUUUCUAUGCUAAGGUCUGUAAUCCAAGUCCACCAUCAACAAAAGCAAGUUUCAAACGCGAUACCCUUGGAACACCAAAAUUUAAACAGCUU